CUUCUUUCAACAUAAUAAUGAUAAGAAAAAAAAGAAAAAGUAACCCAGCCCAAAACCACUAAUCCUUUCCAAGUUUUUGGUUGGCCCAAUAGAUACCAAUCCAGGAGAAACAGGAAAUCCGAGAACCAGAAGCCGCUACCUCUUUCUCAGGCACAAACCAUGAAAAGCUGAAUCUGAAAUAUUGAAGUAAUUUUACCGUUGCAAAAGAUUUGACGACUUUCACAUCUCUGCAAGAAACAUAUGGCUGCCAAUUUCUGGACUUCCUCGCACUUUAAACAGCUUAUGGAGCAGGAAGAUGUAGAUGUGGUGCAUCCACUUGACAAAGAAAGAGGCAUCACUCUUGAAGAUUUCAAGCUCAUUAAGAUGCAUAUGACCAAUUAUAUAUGGAAAUUGGCCCCCCAAGUGAAAGUGAGACAAAGGGUUCUUGCUACUGCAGUUACAUAUAUGAGACGUGUAUACACCAGGAGGAGCAUGACCGAAUAUGAUCCAUGUCUUGUAGCCCCAACUUGUUUGUACUUGGCCUCAAAAGCAGAGGAAAGCACUGUGCCGGCUAGACUUAUUGUAUUUUACGUCAAAAAACAAUAUGCUGAUGAAAAGUAUAGAUUCGAGAUCAAAGACAUACUUGAAAUGGAAAUGAAGAUUUUAGAAGCUCUGAAUUACUAUUUAGUUGUGUUUCAUCCUUACCGUGCAUUGUCUCAGCUUCUCCAGGAUGCAGGGCUGAAUGAUAAUAGCUUUACUCAAUUAACUUGGGGACUCCUUAAUGACACAUACAAGAUGGAUCUAAUACUAGUUCAUCCUCCCCAUCUGAUUGCUUUAGCUAGCAUAUAUAUCGCUAGUGUACUCAGGGACAAAGAUACUACUGCAUGGUUUGAAGAGCUCCGCGUAGAUAUGAAUGUGGUGAAAAAUAUAUCAAUGGAGAUAUUAGAUUUCUAUGAAAACCACAGGAUGAUUGCAGACGAGAGGGUUAAUGCUGCUUUCAACAAGCUCUCUUUUAAACCAUAGACGGCCGAGCAAGUCUCUCCGUGAAACAAAAAUCAGCAUGCUAAAGCCACUUGCUCUUUUUUCAACGGUGGCGUGAAAAUGUCAACUUUGAAGGUGAGAGUGACAAUAUAUGUUAUCAUAAUAUAGCGUAAGAAUCUGAUAUUUAUGAGAGAUGGUUGUGUUGUGGUAUUGUCUACUUAAAAUAGAGACCCCAAAUUAAAAUUCAGACGAUGUCUCAAUUGAUAAAUAAUCUUAUACUUUUGACACGUUUUUGCAUC